UAACCUGGCUGCAACGUGCAUCACCCCAGAAAUGAUUAAAUAGUCUAAAAAAAAAGAAUCAUUGGGGUAAUUAUAACACAUGCGCACGACUCUUACAGUGUACCAUCAUUAAAAAAAUUUGUUUGAGUCAGAAGUCAGGGGAGAGUCAUCCUUAAAGUGGAUAAGAAUUAAAUUACGAAUCAUUUUUGAAUUUAGUAACUUAUAUUAAAGUGUCAAUAAACCAAUUGUAUCAUAUAAUUAAUUAUAAAUAUAUAAUUAUUAAAUAUUUACAUUAAAUAUUUAUUAAGUAUAUAAUAUAUAUGUGUAUAGAAUUAUUGGACCCUUUAUAAUUUUCACAUUAUUUAAUGAAUAUACCUUUAAAGGCAAAGCCUAAAGUAUCAACUAUCAAUAUUCUUGAUGAUUCUAAAUUCCAAUUAGAUCAUGAUAAUAGUUAUAAUGAUAAUUCUAUUCAAGAAUUUCGACCAUCUCAACCAUCUCAACCAAAUCAAGAUACUUUUGGAUCUCAUCUAUUAAAAAUAAGACAAAAGAAUGAUCAAAAUAUAUCUAAUAAUAAUUUAAAUAUAUCUGGUACAUCUCCACCAAAAGAAUUAACUAAUUAUCGGUUAUUAAGAAGAUAUUCAGAAACAGAAAAGAAUAAUUUCGAUGAAACUACUGGUCAUAGAUUAUAUAAUGAUGGAAAGAUUCGACCUCAAAGAAAUGAAUCUUCAUAUAAUACUACUACUACUAAUAAUAAUGAUGGUACAGGUAGUAGUUCAAAUGUAGAUAUUAAUAGGUUCAACCGAUUCACAUCAUUUAAUAGCAUUAAAGAAAAUAGUAUAACUCCAAGUAGUAGAAGUCGAGCUCAAAGUCCAAAUAAAAUAUAUUCCCGAUCUCAUGAUGAAUUAUUAGAAAAUCCUGAUACAGAUUAUUUAGUAGGUUUAGAAGAUGAAUAUAUUCCUGGUUUAGAUUUUGCUGAUUUAAUUUAUCAAUGGAAUAAGAAUAUCUCCGAUCAGAAUUUAGCCGAUGCUAAUCCAUAUGGAAUAAAGAAAAUGAAUUCUCAUUCUACAACAAAUAGUCAUACAUCAACUCCUCAAAGUAGAGAAGCUUCCUAUUUAGAUUUAAAUCAAUUGCAUGCCAAAGUGGCUCCACAACCAAUUAGAACAAAUGUGGGUAAUCCCAAUAAAUAUUCUUUUACUAAAUUACAUGAUUUUAUGAAAUCUAGAGGUAAAACAAAUGAAACGAUUGAUGAAAGUGUAACAACUUUAAAUGAAGGUAAUAUUUCAAGAAAACAAGGUGAAGAUAUCGAUGUAAAUCAUAAAAAUAAGAGACAAAAAUCAGAUACAGUAAGUACAGGAACUGAUGUUAAUUAUGAAUGGAUUUUAAAUAGUUUACCACAAAAUUUUAAUGAUUUACCAUAUUCUCAAAGAAAGAAAAUGGUUAGAUCAUUUUCAGAGUCAAUUGAUUAUUCUCAAUUCUCUUUAUUUGCCAAGAAUUAUUUAAAUGAUAAACUUGGAAGUUCUACUAGUUCAGGUAAGACAAAUAAAAGUGGAGGUGGGAAUUCUGGUAAUAAUAGUUAUGUUAGAAAAUCAAGAUUAGGAAGUGUUAGUACUGUAGCUGAGAGAUUAUUGGCUAGAACUUCAACCACAGAUUUAAAACUGUAUGAUAAUAAACCUAUGCCACCUCGAAUAAAUGUAGAUGAAAGAGGUGCUAUUGUUAUGGAUCAUGAAUUAGGUAAAAUCAUUGGAUUUGGAGCAUGGGGGACUAUUCGAGAAUGUACUGAUAGACAUGGUACAGUUAGAGCCAUUAAAAUUGUUAAAUCUACUAGAGAUUUUGAUUCAUCUUCAGGAAGAACUCUGUCACCAAGUAGAUCAGAACUUCGUAAUAGUCGAAAUCAUAAUCCAAAAGUAUUAGAAGUAUUUAAAAAGGAAAUCUCUAUUUGGAAACAAUUACAUCAUGAAAAUAUUUUACCGUUAUUAAAACAUUUAGAAACUGAACAUGCUAUUUUUUGUAUAACUAAUAGAAUUUAUGGAGGAACAUUAUUUGAGUUAGUAUCUAGUUGGGGUCAAUUUAAUGCUGGUAUUAUGACUACUACUGGUCCUUUAGAAUUUUCUAUUAAUGGUCAAAGAACUAGAUUAAAAAAAGUCAUUUAUUGUACGGCUCAAAUAGUUAAGGCAUUAUUAUAUAUGCAUGAAAUGAAAGGCAUUGUUCAUGGAGAUUUGAAAUUAGAAAAUGUCUUGGUAGAAAAUGAGAAUCGUAAAGAUAAAAAUAGUCAAGAUUGGAAUGAUGAUUCUAAAUUUAAGAUGAUAUUAUGUGAUUUUGGUAUGUCAAGAGUUUAUACUUCAAGAUUGAGUAGAAAAUCCUCAGCCAGAUAUUUACCAAAUCCAAUGUCUCCAUUAAUGACCGAUGAUGAAACCCUUAUGAUGAGAAGUAAAUCUUCAAAUACUGAAAUUAGAAAACCUUAUCAAGGUGGUGAUUCAAUUAAUAGUAGGAAAUUAGAUUUAAUUCAAGAUGAUUCAAAACUUGGUAUAUCACAUUUUAUUAAACCUCAUGGUCCAUCAUUACAAUCACUUCAUUUAACUCCUACAGAAUCUAGUCUUAAUUCAUACUUUGAAGCUAAAUUAGCGACCAAGAAAGCAGCUGAAGGAAUUGAUUCUGAUUUACCUCAUUCUCAUAUUGGAUCAUUACCUUAUGCAUCUCCAGAAUUAUUGUCUCCAGCUCCACCUCCAUUAGGACCUCUGGCAGAUGUUUGGGCUUUAGGAGUUUUAAUGUAUACAAUGUGUGUUGGGAAAUUACCAUUCCAACAUCAAUAUGAACCAAGAUUAAGAGCUAUGAUUACAGCUGGGAAAUAUAUUAAAGAAGAUCUUAAAAAGGCUUGUUUAUUAGAAUGGAUAUUUAAAGAAAAGGAUGAUUCUAAAGAUAUCAAGGAUGGUAUACGUGAUGCUUUACCAGCCAGUUUAAUGAUUCAAUCACCAUCAUUAAUUGAUCUUAAACGGCAAGAAGAGUUACAACUAUUACAAAAGGAAUGGUUAGAAUAUAAGGAUAAACGGGAAUUUCAAUGGUUAUACGAAAUUGUUACUGGAUGUUUAGAAAAGGAUAUUACAAAAAGAUGGGAUAUGGAAAUGAUCUACGAAUCAUUUUGCCGCAAUAGUGGAGAAAUUGAAAGAUCAUUCACUGCGUAAUUGAUAGAACUUUGCUCUCUCUUUAUUUAAUCUUAAUUCUUAAUGAAAUGUACGAAAUCUUAAUGUAAUA